UGUACCUAAGCCAUUAUUGAUUAUAAUUUGAAACCAUAACAUGUGUACACAGGUGUAUUACCUUGACGAUAGUCCUUUUCCAUACUAGACGUGCAAUGAUUUAUUUCGAUCAAAAACACCGUUACAUUGAACAAUAUCGAAAUGCUAUCUUGAUACGGGGAAAGUGGCUGUCUACUCGUUUAUUUUUUUAAUAUCACGAAACCAUAGUGAAAGUUUUAGAUUCCGUAUUUACUUAUUACCAAAUAUGAUUGUUGGUAUUUUUAAGGUGCAAUGUUGUGUCUUAAUCGGAGAAAUAAAAUACGUCUGAACAAGGUUCAACACACUAUUGAGCAUAUCAAACCAAAGAACCCCCGGGUAAAAUCACUUAACUUAUAUUCAGGCAUGAACAACAUGUAUGUAUUUUAGUUUUUACCAAUGAUUGUGUGGGAUCUAUUUAGAAUGAGUUCAAUUCCAGAGAAGAAAUUCCUUUGUUUGGUAAAAUUAUCAUACGAUAUCUCGUUAAAAGUAACGAGGGCGUACACAGAGAUUAAUGUACUAAGUAAAUAUAACAACCAAGUGUCAACUUUUCUGAAAAAAACAAGCAUGAGAUAUUCCACCUGUGGAACAAUACCCCAUGUUGUCAAUGUGUCUCCCCGGGAGGCGCAAAUUCAAAGACAAAAUUUGCUUUAACCCUUCGUCAGAUAGAAAUACUAUUCGACUUUCAAGGAAAUGGAGAACCGGGCCAUUUCAAAAAAGACAAAUCAAGCAAUAAGGUGAUACAACACUGCUUGUGUCGAAUGUCUGAAAAAUCAGUCUCCUUGAAUGAUUUUGAUAUUAACUUACUAGAAACACUAUUAAAAAGGUAUGUGAAUCUUGAAUCGGAUGAUAAAAUGUGGCUAUCGACUAUUCGGGAAAUAAGGAAUUGCAUAGCACAUGCAACAAGCACGACAGAAUUUGACCCUGGAAGACUAGAUAAGUGGUGGAUGAAGCUGGAGGGAUCAAUCCUUGGACUUGUUAGGAAAAUCCCACCAGCAUUUUAUGGGGAAGCAAUUGAAAGUCAGAUUAAUGCUUUGAAAAAUUCUAAUAUGGAAGCGAUCUAUGCAAAGAAGCUCAUGGAUGACGUUAAAGCAGAAAAUAUGAUCUUGUUGGAGGAUCUUGUUGAAAGAAGUGAUAUCAGGAUUGGGGACUGUGAAAACAAUAUAAAGCAAGCAAUAACUGAGAAUAAUAAUGAAUUCAAACGAUAUUUAGAUUCAUUAAUAGAUGAAAAGACAGGUGGAAUAAUGAGAAAAUUAGAAGAAUUAGAAGCACAAAUUAAGGCUUCAGCCAAACAAGAUCCUAGUACUAACUUUCGAAGCGAGCAUGACAGUACUAGAAAAAUACACGUUGCAUGCCAAGUGGAAGCAGAUGACAUAGAUGAACAAUUGACUAUCAAAAACCUGUCAGAUCCAGACAGAGCAGCAGCUGAUGAAAGUGGUGAUGGAGGCUUCAAAGUUGUAAAUGUCAAACAAAAAUGUAUUUUGCUUGAACUAACAGCGUCACCGGAAAUACUCAGCUCGGAAGAACGUCUACUGAAUGCCAUUGAUCAAUUGAUAAAUCAAGUCGUUUGCGCCGGGAAGCUCGACACCAGAGUGCCAGGAAAAAUGACCUUGAAUUUAACAUUUACAAGUCCUUUGAGUAGAGAGGAACUAGAUGUCUUUUCAAGAGUAUUCUGUACUAGUGACAAAGCCGAAGUUAUAGAUUCCGACGUAAUGAAUCAAAUUCAAGACUACAGUAUUGGAACAGUCACUAGAGAAACACAAACAGAAAUAGUCACUGAAGAUAUUUCUUGUCAAGUAGAUAUGAAGUGUAAACAGUGCUCAAUGAUAGACGAUCAUAGCGAUGAACUUGGGGAUGAAUUAUUGAUUCGAAAUGUUGAAAGUUCUACAGAUGUAGAAGCUGAUUCUGGUUCUCUGUAUAGUAUUGCUGUUACACUAGAUAAUGAUGGUAAAAACGAAGAAAAAUAUACUGACGAAACAGGAGCAGAAGGAAUCCUGGUUGAUUCCAAUCACAGUACAUGGAUAACUUUCGCAGGCAAAGCAGUAAAGCACAUCAAUGCACCCUCUGAAAGGGAAUUUUUUCAAGAAUACACUCAUGAUCGUUCAUUUUGCAUUGAUGGUAUAAUUAAAGAUGUUAAGAUUUUGGACAAAAACACCAUAAUUAUAGCUAGUUAUGGAAAUAAACAACUUGUCAUAAUUGAUUGGAAGUAUUAUUUACAAGAGCAAAUUCCACUAGACGACAACCCUAGUAAGCUGGCAGUUAUAAAUCCAGAUAUUGUAGCUCUCAUUAUGCAUGACAGAGAUUAUAUUCUCAUUUUUAACAUUUAUAAUCGGGUGCCGACUAAAUUAAUUGUUGGUAAAAAAUUAUGUGGUAUUGGAUAUUCAAAUGAAAGGCUUUAUGUUGGAUGCAAGGACCAGACAAUCCAAGUUUUGUCUUUAAAAGGUGAAUUUAAAGCAACGAUAAAAAUCCCAGGAACAGAAAUUCACAAUAUGUGUGCAAGCAAGAACCGAUAUAUCUACUUUACAAGUUAUAUAGAUGAUAAACUGAUGUGUAUCGACACCAGGGCGAAGCAAAUUAUAAUCAUUCAAGAUUCAAAGUUGCUAAGACCACGUGGAAUUACAAUGGAUGAAAACGAUAACAUACUUGUGUCAUGCCAUCGAUCAACGGAGGUAUUUCGUGUCAGCUCCGAUGGUAAAAAAACGACAAAAAUUAUGGAUACUGAAACAUUCAAUGGAUUUCCAUGCAUUUGCUGUGACUUAGAAACAAGGUCUUUGAUAAUUGGUGGAUGUGACACCAUCUAUAUAUAUAGAAAAUUACAAAUCCUAAGAUAUAACAAUAAUUGAUUGGCAAUAUUAUUUACAAGGGUUAUUUCUUUGCUCAUUCGAGUCAGACCUAUUUGCAAAUGAAUUUGUGCUCAAGAAGGACAAAUGCAUUAGCUUAUUGUUCGCGGUGAUCUUCUAGUUAUUUAAAUGAGCGAAUAUAUACUUUUUUCGUGGUGUUUUUUCUCUCAAGUUUUGGAAAGUAUAGUUUCCUUGACAUUAAUACAGGCAUACUUUUUUGUUAUAAUAUACACGUAAAUCCCCUA